AAAAUUAUUUUAUUUCCCAAAGUUGCGCGAUUUGGUUGUGUGUUCUUAAGCAGAGAAAUUCUCUCCAUCAAAAAAAACAAGAAAUUAAAUAAAAAAUAUAUCAAAACUAAAAAAAAAAGAAAAUAAAAAUGGCAGUUUGUGAAGCUCAAUUGGAUACAAGUGGUUUUUAUUAUACAGCUUUAGAUACUUUAAUGGAUAGUUUGCAUAUAAGUUCUACACCCAAUUUGGAGCCAGCACGUUGUAAAAAAUUCUUUUCAUUUUGCAGUACCAUCAAACAACAUCCCAAGAGUGAUAAUGUGGUAAAGGAAAAACGCUCCAAUACAAAUAGUAAAGACGAUAAUAAACAAAAUAAUGCCACUACUACUCCAACACGAAAUGCCCGCGAUACACCAAAACGUUCAUUGACCACUACCAGAAAACAAAAGCUAUUUGCCAACACCGAAACUACAGAAGAAUUUAAACCCAAAUCGCGUACUUCUCGCAAUGAUAAAGAUCUAUCACCACAAACUCUAUUGCUCAAGAAGGCGAUCACUAGAUUUGAAUGCCUACAGCGUCGUCAGGAGAGAAUAGCUUUGAGUAAGAAACCUAUACGUACCUCAUUGCGUGUUUGAUUAAAUUAAGGGUAGAAUUUUCUGUUUUUAAAAAAUAUUUUUUAGUUUAAAAUAUUUCUCGUAUAUCAUUCUCAUUUUGUAUUAUUUUGUAGUGUGUGCAAUUUUAAAAGUAUUUAUUCGCCUUAUUAUUGUCGAUUUUCUUAAUUCUUUUUUUAUAAUAAGGCGAGUAUUUAAUUGUGUCAUUUAGUAAAUUUUCACUCAAUUCAGUGUUUCCAUUGCUUUAUUAUUUAAUUAAGAUGAAUCAUCUUAAUUAUUAAACGAUUCUUUUCGAAAUUGUGCUUUAUUAGUAUUUAAGAAUUUUUUAUUAGUGUUAUAGUGAUAAAGUAUGAAUAUGUACUUAAGUUUAAGUAAACAAUAAUUGUGUUCCAAUAAAAUUUUUUUAAGAAUUUU